AUGGAGCGGAUGGAGUCGAUGGAGCCGAUCUCGGCGAACUACACCUCGGCUUACCCCGAGAUUCAGCCGGACAGCGGCUUCGGAUCCCGAGAAACCACCGAAGGCAAAGCGAAGACCCCCACACCUCCGGCUUAUGAUGAGGACUUAGUGCACAAGGUAAGGCGAGGACAUAAAAUAAAAUAAAAAACCUUAAAUAUCAUAGGCAGUAGUCUUAUGUGCGGUAUAUUCAAACUUUACAACAAUUAAAUCAACUUCAAAGUGGGUUUCACUGACAGAUAGGUAUUCUGGGCCGUUUAAUCUCCACUUGUUCAAUUAUAAUAUUCAUAAAAAAUCUCCGUCCUGCCCCGGUGCUGCUCUGCUCAGGUUUGUGCGCUCUCCAUGGUGCUGAUGCGCAAUUGGAUGCGGUUGUGUUUGGUCCGUUUCCAAGCCUGUUGCGUGUCAAAUCUGGUCCAAACACUAAUGUGGCGAUAGUCAUUAAGAGUGCAGUUUUUCUGUCAUUUGAGCAUCCUGCUUUUUGCUGCUUUGGACCAAAAUAAAGCUUUGAAAUCCAGUUUCUUUACUCCUUUAAGAAAUAAUGUGUGAACACGUCCUUGUCUGUCUCUGUUACACCAGAGGAGCAUGUUUUUCACAUGUUGGUAAAAUAUACUCCCUGUAGAUUUAAGUGAGAUGACAACCUGCUGUUAAUCUGCACACUUUAAAUACCCACUUUCAUUUUCACAUGAGUCUUCAGAGGAUUUAAAAGUGACACAUUCUUGACUUUCGAAUAUGAAUUUAUCCAAAACUAGGAAAUACUUUCAAAUGUUCAUAAGUAUGAGGUCAGUUUCUCUUCCAGGACACAAUGUGAAUCGCUGAUGAGGACGUAACCACAAACUCAAGUCACGAUUCAAUACAAGCAUCAAGAUUUGUUCAGAUUCGUGACUUGAGUUUAUUGUUACGUCCCCGCACUCCUGUAAGAGAACCCUCCCUCAAAGUCUUACCAGCCUCAUUCAUGAUGUUGGCUUUAUAAUAUAUUAUUUUGACAUUUCUUUUAGUAGUGUAAGUAACUAGACUCAUAUCCCAGCCACAGACUGUGUAAAAGGAGUUUUAAAGUCCAAUAAUGAGGCCUUAUAGCCUAGAUUGUUUUCCCAUGGCAGGCGGCUAUAAAUGGUGCUACAUCCAGGGCAGGGAGCUCUAGCAUUGUUAGUAUUAAACCACUUCCAGGUUCACAAUUACAUUUGGGAGUCAUCUAUGACGUUUAAGAUGCACACUUGAUCAAGCAACAUGACUAUUUUAUAGGUGACUACUUUAGAGAUGCUCAAGGUUAUGUUGAGCCCAUUUGUCUUCAUGUACGCUCUCCAGUAAUUCAAGUGUUGUAUGAGCAGAUAUGUUACCAUUUGGUGACUUUAGGCUUGUUGCUACUUGAGCCUUAAACCAGAGUUUUUUGGGGCACUUUGGAAAAAAAGUACAUAGUUUGAUAAGCAUUAGCCACUAGUGGGACCAGUGGGAGAUGUAGGUUUUUAGCUUUUUUAAUGUUGUUGUCUUGUCUUUUGUUCUUCCACGUGGCAUUUUAGCACAAAAAAAUUCAAUUGGAUGUAGUAUUUACCCAUAGAAAGCAUUUAUUCAUCUUUUAUUCUUAUGUUCUUGAAAUAGUGUUCCUAUCAUUGUCUUUGUUACAGUUCCCUCUCUGUUUUCUGCACACAGCACUGCAGGGGUCUCAUUUGUCAAGAGCUGUCAAAGUUGGUGUUAUACUCCUUUAAUAGCAUCAAACAGCUGUUUACACUGAGGCAUGAAUCAGGAAUAACUCUAACGACAGAAACAAUGUCUGAGGAAGAGUUUUUGAUGUAAUAGUUUGAUUCAUGUCCCAUCUGUUAACAUGGAGGAGGUGGGUUUCUUAGCCUAUGUUGCAUGUUUUGGCUUUACUUGUUGGGAGCUGUCAUGUCAGCUGACUUUUUUGUUACAAUCAGUAAAAUGUGUGGCCUUGCCCUGCAUAAAAGUAAAUGUUCAGCUUAUUAGAUUUAAAUAUUAAGCACACAUUUUUUAAAGUAAAAAAUUGGGUUGAUAAUAGCUUUAUUUAUAUAGUACCUUUAGGUAGAAACAUGGAGAACUUAGUGGAUAACAAGUUAACACUGAAGGCACAGAACUGCAAGUAAUCAGACAAUAGAUGGUAGUUGAUAAUUGAUGAUAGUCAGACUCAGUUUGGUAUAGUUGACAUAAAUAUCCUGGCUAGUUUACAAAAUACUAGCAGCGUAAUGUCCCGAGUGAAGAAAAUGUGCUGACAAAUAUCCACUAGCUGACCAGUGGGAUCAGGCAGGACUCUGUUGGGAAUAAAAGAUAAUGCACCCAGGUCAGUAUUACUGACCUUUGACCUCAUUGUAAAUGGAACAAAGAGAAAAGAGAAAGUCCCUGUGGGCUGCAGUGAAAUGUCACAUAGAAUAAUGAAGACAUUUCGCAGGAGCAGCUGCAACAGUGCAGGGACUGAAAGCUGAGUCGGUACCAGUAGGUUUUUAUUAUUAUCUGCAAUACACUUCUUAUGAAAUUGAAAUCAAAUCAGGUUUACUACCAAAGUCACUGCAGCCCUGCACACACUUGUUAUGACCACAAACUCCAACAUAAAUAAAUAAAUACAAUUAAAGGAAAAUUGGUAUAUGCUUCAGUAUUUUAUGACACAAAACAUUUGGCAAAACAUAAGAAUAUUUCAUGAAACACAAAAUAUUUUAUGAAACACAAAUAUUUUGGGAGACAAUAACAUUUCACAAAAGGGAAAAAAACACAAAAUGACAAAAUAUUCUAAUAAAUGCAAAUACCUCUCAUAUAACAUUAAAAAAUGCUUAUUGAAACUGAAUCUUUUUUAAAUCUUUUUACAAAAAAAAAAAAAAAUCAAUUUCAAACACUUGAAAUAGACCAAAGAUCCUCAGCGGCAGCAUCAUGCACUGUUGUCCUCUGUCCUUUUUCUAAAAUGUUUGUAGCCAAUGGUAAAAUGUUUUUUUUUUUCUUCACGUCUUUCUGUGUCCUAAAAAUAAUUUUCAUUUUCAAAUUUUUCUUGUCUUGAAAAAUAUUUUUUGUCCUGUUGUUUAGCAUCUUCAGUUCUUAUUUACAAAAUUUGCAUUGCAGAAAAUCAGUGUUUAUUUGUCUUAUUUAAUUUUAUUUUUGACAUGAAUUGAUGUCUUUUUUAUUUGAGUAAAUAUUUUUUGCGUUAGUUGAACAAAUUUUUGAUGAUUUUUUUAAGGUUUACUGUAUUUUUUGUUUUGAUAUUCAUCUCCAGUGAGUAACUCUAAGCUUGAUCUAAAUUUGGCGCCCCCUAUGGAUAGAGCAGUUUGUGCAGAUUUUGUCAUUCGGACAGCAAUAUUAAAUUACAUGUCUUUUAAAACUAGCUUGAUGCUCCUCAUAGAAGCUUUAAAUGUUAUUGCAAUUUUGGAAAUCUUUUGGCAUUUCGUGAAAUUUGGCAGUUUUUACAUUUGGUGAUUUAAAAAAUUUUUUUUUUUUUUUUUUUUUUUGGCAUUUAGUGAAAUAUUUGUGCAGUUUACCUUCAGGGCCCCCAUACAAAGAUGACAGAGAUCUUGUGCACACAGUUACAUUGAGGAUCAUUUAUGUUCAAAACCACAAGGUGUAAUGCUUCGCUGAAGGAGGACCGAGUUUGUGUGUGUCUUAUUGUGUGUUGUUUAUUUGUAAAAUGCAUAUGGGCAGAUGAAACUGCAGGGUAAUUUGUGGAAAAAGACACUAAAGACUGCGGUUAAGUGACUUUCUGUCAUUAGUCUGAGUUUACUGAGUUUUCCCAGAUGAGUAGGAGGAGGAGGAGGAGGAGGAUGGUCCAGAGAGACAUGAAGAGGGUUUGUCUAAUGUUCCCAUUAUGACCAGCUGCCUUUAAUUGACCUGGAAGCGAGCGUGUUUGUGUGUUAAGUUUAUGUGCGUGUUGAGUGUGUUUGUUUGUAAAUGAGGCGUAUUUGGUGAGGGGAGCAGGUGCUUUACAAACAAGAAGACUGUAACAACACUCUGAUGCUCUCUGACUUUAAUCUGUACCUUAUCAUCGUCUUUUCUUCUUUGUGGGGGAGCAGCUCUUUUACUCUCUCUUUUCAUCUCCUCCAUCUUUCACUCUCUCCCUCUCCCCUGAGGGAUCAGGUUACAUAUUACACAACAUGAAAGUGGGAUAGUUGAAGCGCUGGUUGGUUUGAGUAGUGAUUCGACAUAAAGCUGAAAUGUCUCUGUGGUUUAAGCUCUGCCUAAGACUUCCCCUUACAUCUUACCACGAGGCACUCUACUCCAGCCGAACCUUUUUAUUCUUGACUUAGUAACUUUGUUUGUUAUUAAAUGUGGUUUUUACAACCACAAACAAAACAUUUUGUUUGCAAAAGCAGGUUUAACACCUCACUGGCACAAGAAGCAGACAAACAGAUCAAACCUACACUGAGAGACGAUAAAAUGUCAAUAAUAUUUCUACAAAACCGACACACAAGACAUCAAGGAGGGCUUGCAAUCAGUCAAAUAACAAGGAAGACUGGUAAGAAACUAGCAUUGGAUGUUAUGUAUAAGGGGCGUGCGCAGGUUUUUUUGACUCGGGGGGGCUGUACUUGGGUCAACUUCGGCCACCUCCUGAACACACCCCUGUAAUAGAUUAGAAAAGCAUUAAAUGUUGAGAUUUUUGAUUCUUAUAUUCUUAAAGAAGUCAGAAAAAAGUCGCUUUACAGUUUCUUUCAAUAAUUUCUUUGCCUAAAUUGAAGUGUAAGAGCUCAGACAGACCAGACAUAACAGGUUAUCAACUUCAUGACGCAUGGGCUAUACUUAAGCUAGUUUGUUAAGAACAUAUAUAAAUAGUAUCACAUUACAGGUAGCUAUUUGCUGUCAAAACGCUGCAGUCUCCAUUAACAAAUCAUAAAAAGAAUAUCAAGUCAGAAGAAUGUAAGCAGAUUUAAUACACUUCACACAGCUUUUGGAAACAUGAUGGAAACCCCAGGUCUAUACAGACCCUCUUUAGAGGAACACACAAAGAGGUGUUCUCAGGUAUGAAGAAAAUCCUGUAUGAAGAUAAGUCUCAGGAAUGAAGGAAAGUCUGUCUUUGGGUCCUCUCUUUUUUGCAUAAUAAACCCUCUUGUGAUAGUUACAGCCUCUUUGAGAAGCUCCUUUCCCGGUAAGAAAUGGCGAGGCUUAUACGGGAAAAAAGGAAAUUCAUUGACAGUUAAUCUGUUUAUGUUCAUGAGCAUCAGAGAGGCGGAAAAUGAAAUUCUAUCUCACACCACACAUGACUGAUAUGAUGCACACAUCAUCCACGUUUAAUUCCCGAGCAUCUGCAAGGUUUGCACCUAAUUGCCUCUGGCCUCCGGUGAGGUUCCUCUGUUACCACGGAAACAGCAUCACUCUUUUCCCACCACAACAUCCUUUUUCUCACGUGUACAUGAGCAUGUGGGAUUCUACUACUGACCUCUCACACACACAUACACACGCACACAGGCGAUAAGUCACAUGCUCACACUGAUGUCAGUAAACAGGAAACAGCUGCACUGAAGUUCAAAGAGGAUUAAGUGAAAUAAUGAAAAUUCCUUAGUGCUAAGGAACGUUGGUUACAGGGGAUUCAUGCUACAUUUCAAUCAUUUAUUUUUACAUAUGUAAGAAUCUAAAAGACUUUAAGGUGCAAAAAGAUUUGGAGUUUCUCAAGAAAGUAGCUUUAACCAUCAGAAAGGCAGCUCUUCAAGUGUUUGACCAGUAGAACAGGCACAUAAGCUAGGCUACAGUUUUUUCCAUCGUGGUCAAGUGUGCCGUGUAAAUUAGUUAAUUUUGAGAGACUCUAACUGAAGCAAUUUUUCUACUUUCUGCCAUCAGAAACCCCUCUACUUUUGGACUGUUUUUAAGUGCAACACAGGUUCAGUAUCCUGUGCAGGGCUUAUGCCUCCUGGAAAAGUCAGCUGCACCCUUGACAAGACAUUUGAUCGUCUGAAUCGUUGAUGACAAAUAUUGAUCUUUUGUUUAUCUAUUCGGUUGAUUUGAUAUAGACAACGCAGUAUGAAUGUACAUCAAGGUUAUAUGAGAUUAAAACAGAGUUACAGAACAUAAUAAAGAGUUAUUAAAAAGCUCACUUCUCGGAUUUUGCUUCAUUCACCCUGUACUGCUUUUGUUAAAUAUUUGAUUUUGGUUGAAAUUGGGCUUGAAACCAUAUAAUCUCUUACCCAGGAUUCCCUCUGCAUCCAGAACGGCAGCAAAUUUUGCCUUAUGUCAAUUCCUACCAGAUCUGUUUGUGAGGUGAAUUUCGUGACGAUGGACAGCAGGAAUCGCGAGAACUCACAAGAACCCACGGAUUCACGCGCAAUUGUAUAAUACCAAGUUGUCUUUAGCCACAUAGGCUAACCAUAUAAGCAGUAGAUUGUGUCCUUCCAGAGGAGGAAAUCCACUUCUAGAUUUAUAAAAAUCAGCAUCUUGUCAUCUAUGGUGUCAUCGGGUUGAAAGCUUUCAUUUGUUCGUCCCCGCCCGUUUGCAUGGAGUGAAAUACGAUCCGCCUGAAACAUGGGGGGUUUUAUUUUGAAACGAAGCCAGAUGUCUUAUUUUCUGUCUGUGCCCGACUUCCUUUCCAGCAUAGGUUAAUCUGUACUGAAUUUAUCUGGCAUGCUCUGGCGUCUGGAAAAAAUAGAACUCUUGCGAUCAGCUGCGGAGUCCUGCGAACGGAAAGAAGCCGGUGGAAUUUGACACAUUAACUUGAAUGGUUACGAUCAGCUACGAUCGGCAGAUACGGCCUUUAUGUAGCCGUUCGUGGUGCAGUGGAAAUUGGGGGUUAGUAGCUUUAAGGGCAGGGCUAUUUUUUAUUAUAUAUAGGAAACUCACUCAAUGUUAUAAGCAAAUAAGUGUCUACUUGUUUUCCUAUCAUACCAACUCAUUUGGUAAUUAAAUGGGCAACCAAAUUAAAGGAAAUAGCCAGUUAGCCAGUCAGCAGCCUAUUCGUUCUGCACACUCAUGCUGUCUCUGUAAAGCUCACUUUCUUGAACAAAGGAGAGGGGUCUAAUAAGAACAAAUAGGUGUCUGGCUGACUCACCUUUAUGCGCAUACCUGAGUGGAAACGAGGCCUUGAAAAUCCUGCAGCUACAGUUAUUAAUCUGACCACAAACAGCUGGAUCUGCCAGACAUUAUUAUUUCUAUUCUACAUUUCCCUUGACAAAGAGAACUUCUGGGCGCAGCUAUGAGCAGCCUGACGCCUGAGUGAAGUUUCACAGAAUGCAUUCAUUUCUCUCCACAAGUGAGACGUGACAUUUUUCUGAGUUUUAUAAAAUCCUUCAAAAAGCCAGAGACACCAUUUGUGUAUGCAUUGAAAUUAUACAUCACAAUGUAUCACGAUCUCAAUCUCCCACUUACCUGUACUGUUCUGGCCUUCAAAAAAAAAACAAAUUAUGCAGUGUUGGUAGUUUUGCAUAUUAAUGCAUAUUAAUCAUAUAGCUGCCGUUUUCUUCUUAUAUUGCAAUAUGGAUGAAAAACCUUAUUGCAAUCAUGAAAAGGAUCAGUUUGAGUGCAUUAAAUUGUUCUAAUGUCUCUUGUUAGACAGUGAUCAUUUUUUCACUACCUUAAAAAAUUAGAAGGCAAACAUGUUUGUGAAAUUAACUGAAAUCAACAUAUCUGCCUUUGUAUGGUAUAUAAAAACAAACAAGACCAACAAAGAGACAGGAUUAAUGAUCAUACACUGUAAUUUUGAAUGCCUGAAACUGACACAAAAGCGUAGGUUAGAUAAGAUAAGAACUUUAAUAAUCCCUGAAGAGAAAUCCGAUUAUAGCCCUGUUUUUACAAUUUCCAUGUAAAUAUUCACAAUAAGUGACACAUUCAACCUUGUAGGGUCAACAGCAUGAGUCUUUUGUAAAGAGUGAAAUAUAAGAAGAGUUAUAGUUAUUGAGUUUACAUGACUUAUAAACAUCCAGAAUAUUGCCAUUAUUUUGAUACAUACAGGAUUAUGGUUUGCAUGCUUUAACCAGCUCUGCUGCCAUAGCAUGGAUUGCAGGACAGGAUGUUGCUCCACUUGCUGCUAUCAGAGAGGAUUGGGGUCCAGUAGCUCCUCAGGCUGGUCUCAUAUCUGUGCUCACUGACUCCUGAUGUGCGAGACCAGCUUGAGACAGACACUAGUCUUUCUAGUGUGAACAGGCAAAGAUGAAAUUUGUUGGACUCCUUUCUGCAAAUUGAUUUAAUGUGGCAUACUUGAUGUGGUUGCCCCCGGCGCCCUCCUUCAGUCACCGUUGUUGUGUGGUUUUUGGCAGUCAAAAUCACACAUUAACAACAGAUGAGUUGUGUCUAGUGUUGUGUUUCUGUGCUGAACAUUCAUGCUGAUAUUAAAUACAGCAGUGGUAAUAUCAAAUAAUCAUGAAUAGGGUUUAACAUCAAUGACAAACUCAAUUAAAAAGCCUCAUGGGACUCCUUCUUAUGUCCCUGGAUCACCAGGGAGAGAUUUGACUGAAGUGGUUUAGUCAAAACCACUUCUGCACAUAAAAUGGUCACUAAAGCAGAACUGACUUUUCCCGUCUCAGUGUGAGUAUAAUGUGUGUGUUUGUGAGUGUGUGUGUGUGUGUGUGUGUGUGUGUGUGUGUGUGUGUGUGUGUGUGUGUGUGUGUGUGUGUGUGUGUGUGUGUGUGUGUGUGUGUGUGUGUGGGUGUGCACAGUGGAAACCUCAGUGUGACUCUUUCAAAGACAAAUGGCCGCGUUGACUAACGCUGAUGUCUCUGACCGCUUACUUUCAUUCAUUUCAUUGUAUUGAAGGUUACCUCCCGCAGCCUGUGAGUCACUCUGUGACAACUGCCAGGUUCUUAUAAAAGAUAUCAUUAUUUGUGCUGCCGUGACGCAGACGCUGACUCACAUCUCAGGAAAAGAAGAUUGUUAGCACACAGCCUUAAAGUUUGAUGAAGAUUGAUUUAUCUGUUAUUGAACCUGUUUUAUUUUUGCAGACCAUCCUGGUCGGGGACAGUGGCGUGGGGAAGACAUCUCUGCUGGUGCAGUUUGAUCAGGGAAAGUUCAUCCCAGGAUCCUUCUCUGCUACAGUCGGCAUCGGAUUCACGGUCUGUGGGCAUGCACAAACUAUAAAUCAGUUUGAUACACAGAGCAAUAAACUGAGUUAUUCUCAAAGUUCAAAUAUAAAAAGGUCAACAGAGGUAACCUGUGUAAAAACUGACAAAGUGUUCAUGUAUUAAAGUGACUCAGAAGGCCCAAAGUGACCAAUCUGAACCGACAGUGAGUCACGAUGAGCCCCCCACGGUGAUCAAGAUGACAUCGGUGCUUGUAAAAUCUUGAGGGAAGGGUCAUGGCACCAAUGUAACUAGUGUGUGUGUUACAUCAGCAUUGUGUCCUAGCGGUGAAUGACCAAUCAGGGAACAGUAUUGGCUUCUGACUCUUCACUCUCAGCUGAAGCAAAAGACAGAAAUAUAGAAAUCCAUGAGCUGUGUGUGUCAGCCCAUCUCUGACCAGGGACCUGUGGGUCUGUCAGGCCUUGAGAAGGAUCUUGAAAAGUGGGCCCCCCAACGUGCAUUAUUGAACGCUUAAGCAGAAUCUGAGUAGUCGAGACUUCUCUAAGACUGGACUCCAAACUCCAGUGGUAAAACUGGACUUCGCAGCACACUAAAGGAUAAUUUAACAAAUAAAAUGGGAUGGGCAACUUUAACAUCACUUUAAAAACAUAUGUCUGUUUCUUUACAGUUCAGUGUAGCUCACAGUUAAGUCCCCAGUUUAACUCACAGACAGUAUUUACAGCACAGGUUACAGCAUAUUUCUAAGAAUAGCUCACAGGAACAUUAUUAAAACCUUGUUUAUGAAACGUUGAAACUUUUUCUUUUGACUUUUUGUUUCCCAUUUCAGUUUGGUUUAAAUUAAUUUUGAUUUAAUUCAUUUUUUCUUAAUCCUCUUCUGGAUAAAUUUCAAUUUGCUACAAGUCCUACAGCUUGAAGAGUUGUAGGACAAAUUAUUAUACAUCAAAACGUGCGGUUUGAUCAGGCUCUGUGUGCUAUUGCUUUUCUCUAUUGUAUACGACUUUUUCACAAUUUAAUUUUUGUAAGAUUAUGACUGUCCCAUAACUUUGUUUUCACAUUAUUUUGACUUUAAUCAAGUAACAUAAUUACUUUAUUCUCGUGGUGUUUGACUUCACCUUACUUUUAACUUAAUUCUAACUUUAUUCACAUAAUAACUUAGAUAUUGGACUCCUCAAAAUAUAUAUGUAUUGUAUGGAAAAACAAUAAUAAUCUAAAAAAAAAAAAUGAUGAACAUUUUUGGAAUAUAAUCUGAAAAUUUCAAAUAAUGAGCACUGACAGUAAAAUGAGAUUAAAAAUCAAGAUUGACUGACCUCUAGGAUACCUGCUAGCUAUGCCUGUCAAUCAUUUUCAGAGGUGUCUAUUGUAAGGCAGUGGGCUGUAGAUGAAUAACAGCCAUUUCUAAGGAGCUCUGAAUCUUAAAAUAAGCAUUUUCCGUGUGCUGGAGUGGAAGCAUAAAUCUGUUGAGCUAGAAAAUGAAGGGAAAUCAAUCAUUUCAUACCCUAUUGUUUAAACAGCUAACACUGAGACAUAGUUAAGAUCUUUUUCUUCUUCUCUCAGAAUAAAGAGGUGACUGUGGAUGGAGUGAAGGUCAAACUACAGGUCAGUAAGUAAAUCAUUCCCCGUGAAAACUUGAUGUGCUGCUUGAAGUCUAUUUUUGGAGCUCAGGCUGGUUUUCUCUGUGUGACAUGGAAUUUUAGGGGAGGUCAAGAGGAACCAGGCCGAGUCACUGAAGCGCUUUUUUAUAUCUCUGUGUUUCAGAUUUGGGACACAGCAGGACAGGAGAGGUUCAGGAGUGUGACACAUGCAUAUUACAGAGACGCACAUGGUGACGAUAAAGCUUUUGACUCUCAGCUGUGCUUUUACCCACAACAAUAAUAGAAGUAGAGCUGUGCAGCAGAAUGAGCUCCUGUUUAUUUGUCUUAUUCUGUUUGUGUGUCCCUGUAGCUCUGCUCCUCCUGUACGACAUCACUAACAAAACCUCUUUUGACAACAUCAGGGUGAGUCUGUGAUUAUACUGCAGACAUGUACGGAAAUAAACUGAGAAUAAAGAGAGGAAACAACCUUUAACAGAGCUCAUAAAGCCACAGAGAGCAUGUAUGCUGCCUCUGUGGAGCGAUAAACAACAUCAAUGUUAAAUGACAGCUUUAAACAUACACACUCUCUCUCUCUCUCUGUUGUUUUGUGUGUUCAUGUUUGUGUGUCUGUUUGUUGCAGGCAUGGUUAACAGAGAUCCAUGAGUAUGCACAAAGCGAUGUAGUCAUCAUGUUGCUGGGCAACAAGGUGAGAGGAGAAACUCAAAGACAUUCAGCAAGAAAAGGAGAGAGUUAAGAAAUAAGAAAUAAAUGUGAUCUGCAAUGUGAACUAGGAGGAAGAAUUAUGGCCUUUUUUUCUGAGUGAAAGAAAAUAUUUUUUUUUUCUUCAGGGACAUUCAGAGGCGACAUUCUAGUUAACAGAGAUAAAAGUACCAGGGUUUGUUUUUUAUACUGGAAUAUGGCAAAAAAUAAUAAUAAUAAUAAUCCCAAGGCCAGGAAACAUUCAGUCACGCAGAAGUAAGUCAAAGAGACCUUUUACACUGAUUUUACUUUUCACGGUGUCAGUCUGACACCUGUAAAUUUGGUUUGCACAAUUUGCACCUUAAAAAAAAACUUCUUAUUUAUCUUAUACUAGUAUCCACGGAAACCCUUAUUCCAGCCUCUGCCUGAAACACUUCAUUGUGGCUGAUUUUCAUUGAGAAAAAGCUUGUGGGUGUUACUUUUUACACAGCUUCAAAGUAAUGCUUCAAAGCACAUCUUUCAUUAUGUUAUGUUUUUUGACACUAAUUAAAUGGACUGAAAUUCAUAGUAGUGCCUUAAAAUGGUAUCUUAAUUGAAUCCUAUUUUUUAAUCCCUACACUAGUGAAAGGAAGUAUGUGUCAUUCCAGCAGAUAUACCAGUGUAUACGAUUUCAAAAUAAAAUAUUCACAAUAUAUGAUACACUGUGAAAGAUCAUCAGGAUGCCAUUUUUGUCCAAAGUUAUACACUGUUCUUAUUUUACCAAUAAUGCAGAACCCAUUAUUUAGUUAUUAUUUAUAAUCAGUAUUAGUAUUUAUUUAGUUAUUUUUAAUAUAAUGCUGAAGUUUGCUGAUAAUAUUCAUGUGUUUUUUGGUAUUGCAUCCAAACUUAAAAAGCCAAUACAGGCACAUGCCACAUAUUUUCAACCUUUCAAAAUACUCAAUUUGGGUGAAAUUAUUCUGUAUUACUGAGUGAUAUUUUAAGUACAUUUGUCAAAUCAGAUUUUCUGUACCUCUGUGUUCAGGCUGACAUGAGCAGUGACAGAGCGAUAAGGAGGGAUGAAGGAGAGAGGCUGGCCCGGGUGAGUCUUUGAUUCACUGCUGCUCCUCAUCAUCUGAAGGUCUGAACUCUGACCGUCACUGUUUGUUCCUCUCCAUGUCUGCAGGAGUAUUCGGUCCCCUUCAUGGAGACGAGUGCAAAGACAGGAGUCAACGUGGAUCUAGCCUUCACUGCUGUGUCCAAGUAGGCUCUAUCUUCAUACACCAUCAUGCCAUUUACCAUUAUAUCUAUAGUGAUAGCUGCAACAUAUUUUAAUGUGAUUAACUGAUUUAAAAAAAAACAUAUCUUCUACUAUGUAACUUAGUUAGUUUUCAAUAGAUUAGUUACAUGACUGUACAUAAACGGACUCUCAGUAUUCAAGAUGUGAGGUGGUUCACAACUCUUAGUGAGCAAGUAAGUUCAGGAAUAAAAAAAAAUGUUUCUCAGUGUAAACUUACAAAGAUUUUUGUGAUUUUUAUCAUCUACUGUACAAAAUGUCAAGAAAGUUUCAGUAAAUCUGGAGAGAUCUCUGCACAAGGCCAAAAACCAGUCCUGGGUGGCUGUGAUCUUAGGGCCCUGAGGCAGCGCUGCAUUAAAAAUAGAGAUACUUCUGCAGAUGAAAUCAUUGCACAGGCUCAAAACACACUCUGAAAACUCCUUGACUGUGAGCUCAGUUUGUCUCUGCAUCUAAAAGUGCAGGUUGAAACCUUAAAUAAACAUGGUCCUGAAGCACUGUUGACCCCUCUGGGUCUGAGCUAUAGACUGUAUAUAGAAUGGACACUGUCUGAAUAGCACCCCCUGGUGACGGGCUGCAGUAUAGGUCAUAAAUCCUGCCUCCUCCAGCAAUCCCUAUGGAGCUGUAGACAAACUUUAGAAAUUAAUUACACAGAAUAUACAUUUUUCUCCCCCCUGGUUAUGAUGUUGACAUGUAGUUAUUGUAAGAUUGGUCUGCACUCAAGUCCUCUUUUCUCUGUACAGCUCCAUUUUUAAAAGUUAUUAGGGGGUUCAUGUUUUCUAUUAUUGACACUUGAUACAGCCUACGGGCAUACGAAGAUUGCGUAACUCACCUGGGGGAUACGCUGUUUGAGCCGAGCGUCAUCACAGCGACUCUCCCGCUGAAUGCGUACAAUGCUACUGCACAAUGUUGGCUAUAGGAAGUGGAAAAAAUACCUGGAAAUACUAAGAGCUUUUUGGCUUCAAAUCCAUACACUGGCAGAAGGCGGAGCCAAGUUGUCCGUAGAAUAAACAGUUUAUGGUCUGAGCCCAUUUAUGAUGGACUGAGGAAAAUAGAAAACUGUCCGGUGGUCUGACAAAUUAAAUUAGAAUAGUCUUCAUGAAAAUCAGGGACACCAUGUUUUCUGCUCUCAAGAGAAAAGGGAUCUCUUGGCUUAUUAUCAGUUUUAAAGUUCAAAAGCCAGCAUACACUAUAAUAUGGGGAGUUGUAAGUGCCGCUGGUAUGGGUAAUUUAAACAUCUGGUAAAGGCUUCAGUGCUGCUGAAUAACAUAUACUGAUUUGGAGCAACAUAUGCUGCCAUCAGGAGAAGGACUUUUUCUGGAAACAUGUUAUAUAUAACAGUAUGAAAAUGCCAAAACACAUUCUGCAUGUAAUACAACAAUAUUGAUACACACAAUACAGUCUUAGUUUUUGUUUUAAUGUCGUUUAGUUUCUCAGACUGGUUUUGAUGCUGUAUUUUAUGUUAUUCUGUUAGUUUUCAUUAAGCUUGCUGACUGCACUAAUCCUUAUUUCCCCAAAAUUGACUGAUGUUCAGUGAAUGCCACUCUAUCCCUGUAAUCCAAGUGAGAAAUCCUUUAAAAGUGUUCAGUAAAAUCUUUGGUCAGCAGCUCAGCCGUCAUGAUGAAGCUUACACAGCAGGCUUCACAGAUGGUCGAGUAAACUGACCCGGCACAGUUAUAAAUCACUCCACAGUGCAGCCACCACAUUAUGCAUUCAUUAAAGGAUUAAUAAAAUUGUUGUUUUAGUACUUUCUAAAGAGACUGAUGCCUGUUUCUGUUCCCCAGGGAGCUCAAGCACCGAGCCGUCCAGCAUCCCAAUGAACCCAAGUUCCAGAUCCACGAAUACAUCGAAGCACAGAAGGAGAAGUCGGGCUGCUGCAGCUACUUCUAA